AUGAGGCUGGCCAAGCGCCAGAACGAACUCCUGCAGGCUUCCCGGGACGCCAGGGCGACAAUGACUGAACUCGAGGCCAGGUUCGCCGCACUCCCAGCCAAGCUUGUGCCGUUCGCGGAGGCCAACGAUAUCGCUGCUGUGGACGAUGAAAACCUCAUCGCUGCCCUGGAUGAGGCGGGACUCUUGUGCAGCAGGUUUCUUGGUGCCAGCUCCGCGCUGCCAUCCUUGCCCGUGGCCGUUUUGGAGAGCUUCUUCGGCUUCAUCAUGCCCGUGCUUCAGGCUGUGCUGAAGGGGCUGAGUGCCUUCUUUGCGGACGCCUUCGCAAGCGUCAGCAACGAUGAGACCUUGCUGCUGGCGGCCAGUAAGUGGCGGUGGGGAGUGACCCCAAUCUAUUUGCUGGCCCGCUUCCUCACUGAAGAGGGGAAUGCCAACAACAAGGGUGCCACGUACGUGUUCGCGGAGUUGGGGAAGAAGGGCUGUACGCUGCCUCAGACUUUGGAAGUCGACUCCAGGCGCCUGGACCACUUCCUCAACCUGGCGGAGACCAUCGAUGCCUUCUUCUUUCUCCUGAAGGAGUCGACGCAAGGCAAUGAGACGGCCGCCGCUGCCUCCGAGAUUCCUUUGCCCGAGUGGCUGGCCUCAUUCGGUGAGGAGCCCAUGCGGUUGUGCUGCCAGCGGCCAUCCUUUCUGCAGGCCUUGAAAAGAUUCUGUGAGGUGACCAAAAGGUGUGACUGCAAAAUCUUGGGCACAGAAGCUGAGCAAGCAGGCCUCGCGAACGCCAGUGGUGUGGGCAAGCUGAUCGCUGAUGUCCGGCUGAGUGGCCUUCCGCAGCUCUGGAAGCUCUUGAAGGACAGUUUCCAGGCCAGCUUGAUUGAAGGCAGCGACCUCUUCCCGGGGCAGCUGACGGAGGAUUUGGACUGGAAAGCGCUUCUUGAGUUCUCAGAGAACACGGGUAAGCUUUUCGAAUGCUUGGACCCGGUGGCCCAGACCCUCCAGCUUGCUGAGGAGAUGCCCUCCCUGAUCCUGGCGUAUGACCGCCACGAUUUGUUGCGGCACGUAUGCCUUGUGAUGAGGCUUCUGGGGACAACAGACCUGCACCGCGACACCACCGUCCCGAACGUGCAGGUGGAGGGCUUCACCCGGAUCAAUGCUGCCGUGGGCCUGCUGAUGAGGUCUUAUGCCAAGGUCCAGUGGCUGUUAAUCAAAAAGAUUGAGAAUAUU